GUAUCCAUUCCCAGCAGACUGUCUCCCAAGUGGCUCGCGGUGGGAAUUAAUACGGGAUUAAGUCCAGGAAGUUCGAUAAGAAGUAAAUUUACCUGCACCCAGGUGCGUCUGGAAAAGCUGAGCGUGCAGGAGUGGCAGUGGGAAGAGAGGAGCGCGCGAAAAGAAACAACCUGGAAAAGUUACGGAUGCAAACGUCCCGUUGACAAAAACUGAGAAACCGGAGCGAGUCAUCAGCUGUUGAGAUUUGCAAAUUUAGACAUCACCAAGCGGGGGAAACAGCUAAAAUCAUGAAGAAAUAUUCAUAUCCAGCCAGAUCAGCCAGUGCCCGGACAAGGAGAACGGAAAGAGAGGCGUCUGGCAUCACCAGUCCCACGCUCAAACGGUCAUUUGAGGUGGAGGAGACAGAUUCAUCUUCACCCCUGUCUCGUCGGAACACCAACCCCCUCCGCUCAUCCACCUCCUCCACAUCCAGCCAGCGGAGCUACGACCUGAGCUCCCGCAACUCUGACUACUCCUCUUCCAGAUCCUCCCCCUCUGAAUCCUCCAAUCCACGUUCCCCAAAGUCCGGCAUGAGACGCAUUGAGUUAUCAGGGGGUCGUAACCCUGACACAGCCUCAUCCCGCCGCACAGAAAUGUCCAUUGAGGUUUCCUCAAAGCAGAUUGACAACUCACCCAGUGCUGGCAUCGCCCGCUUUGGCCUCAAACGACCCGAGGUCAGUCUGAGCAAUCGAAGUACUCCCCUGGACAGCUCCUCCAACUCCACUUCCAGCUCCACAAACAGGCGGGCAGAGCUCAGCAUUACACGGCCCCAUGAGCCUCCCGCCCCUCCCAAGAGGAUGGAUGCCCAGCUGUCCUCAGCCCCAGUUUCAAGGAUCCCCGAGCCCCCUCAGAGAAGAGCAGAGCCUGCAUCCCCCGUCAUAAGCCCAGUUGAGGGGGCCUCCAGGAGGCCAGAAAUGCCUGUCUUCAGACAGCCGGAUGGUUCGGUGCCAAGCAGUGCAGUGGAGAACAACAACCACCCGCCUCCUGCACCCAGUGCUCCCCUGCCUUCCCUGGCAGAGCCAAGGGUGGAGAGGGUGCAGUCACCGGUCACAGAGCCACCCACAGCCCGACCAACAGACAGGCCGGAGGUGAUUCCCAGCUACAGCAGCAGUGCCAUGUCUGAGGCGGUGGUGCCUGACUCCAUGGUGUCCCCGGCAGUGGGUGGCUGUGGUCCUGUGGUGGACUUCAGUUAUGUGGGCAUUGACGCCAUUCUGGAGCAGAUGAGGAGGAAGGCUAUGAAGCAAGGUUUUGAGCUCAACAUUAUGGUUGUGGGACAGAGCGGCCUGGGAAAGUCGACUCUGAUGAACACGCUGUUCAAGUCUAAAGUCAGCCGUAAGUCAGUGCUGGCUACAGCUCAGGAGAAGAUCCCCAAAACAAUCGAAAUAAAGUCCAUCAGUCAUGACAUCGAGGAGAAGGGAGUGAGAAUGAAGCUGACAGUCAUUGACACACCAGGAUUUGGAGACCAGAUCAACAAUGAGAACUGCUGGCAGCCCAUUAUGAAGUUCAUUAAUGACCAGUACGAGGCGUACCUGCAGGAGGAGAUCAACAUCAACAGGAAGAAAAGGAUUCCAGACUCGAGAGUCCACUGCUGCAUAUACUUCAUCCCCCCGACCGGACACUGUCUGCGGCCUCUUGAUGUAGAAUUCAUGAGACGUCUCAGUAAGGUGGUCAACAUUGUCCCAGUCAUUGCCAAGGCGGAUACGCUCACCCUGGAGGAGAGGGACUUCUUCAAAAAGAAGAUCAGGGAAGAGCUGCGAGCCAACGGGAUUGAUGUGUACCCGCAGAAAGAAUUUGACGAGGAUGCCGAGGACAGAAUGAUCAAUGAGAAGAUCAGGGAGAUGAUCCCAUUUGCUGUGGUGGGCAGCGACCAGGAGUACCAGGUCAACGGCAGGAGGCUGCUGGGGAGGAAGACUAAGUGGGGAACCAUUGAAGUCGAGAACAUCGCCCACUGUGAGUUUGCCUAUUUACGGGAUCUCCUCAUCAGGACCCAUAUGCAGAACAUUAAGGACAUCACCAGCAGCAUCCAUUAUGAAAUGUAUCGCGUGAGACGUCUCAAUGAAAACAACACGGUGGUGGCUCACGCCAACGGUAUCCCAGAACAUCAUCUUGCCGCCCACGAGAUGUAGACGCCACCUGCCCCUCUGCGCCCGGGCGUAAUUCAUUUGCUAUGAGACUUUGAUCUUCAUUGACAGUCUUCUCACAACUCCAGCCCUCCACGCCAUCCAGCCUCCAUCUCACAGGUGGGAUAGAAACUCAAAAGCCUUCCAGAGGGAUUUUAUUUUCAAUGACUUUCGGCGGCUGAAUGGACUGUUCAUGUCAGUUUAUUGCCUCAUUAACAAACACUAUCCUCUCACUGCCGCUGACGAAGAGAGUGAAGAGAAGUGUGAUUCUUCAUAAUGUGCCGCAGCUUUGAUUUUUACCUGCUUCCAGAUCUUACAGUUAACCUUUAUGGUUUUUCCUCGUGGUGCCACACAGUAAGGCAUCCGCCAAGCAGAACAGACUCAAUAUCUCUUAGUGUCAGAAUUGCCUUAACCAGUAACCAUGUUUAUCUCAUCCACUUUUACUUUUUAAGUUUGUUGUUUUAGCAGUGCUUUUAAGAAUUCAUGCCAUAACAGAAGCACACUUUUCUGUCUUUAUGCACACAGCUGUAUCAAAAUAUGUGGGAAGUGAUGAUAUUCAUUAUUGCACUUGAUCACAUGGUAGUCUGUCGAUGACAAGCGUGUUGGAAAAGGGGCCGGGCAGCGCUUUGCCAACAUGUGACACACACGCAGUCACACACCAAUCUGUCAGUCAGUCUGUGUGAUGCAGCGUCAGUCAACACUCUCCCCGUCGUUAAACAAAGUAAGGUUAUUAAAUAGCACACCGUAGUUUUUUUUUUUUUGUCACAAGCUGUUUUGCUUAAACUUUUAAAUAUUCUUGUCGUGUUAAACAUGGACAUCCGUUACUCAGCGUCUUUUUGAAUUCCCCCGCAAUAAAUGUCAUUGUUUAUUAAUAGAAAUAUCUUAAGAGUGAUUUAAGAUGAGUAUUUAUGCACGAUAUAAAAUGUGAACGUUUGUCAUCAGUUGUGGUCCACUUAUUCAGAUUAUACUCUCACACACACACACACACACACACACACACACACACACACACGUGCAAACACACACUCACACAUAUACGUUUCCUGCUUUUGGGCCCAUCGUAGUGCCUUAUUUAUUGGAGAAUGUUUGCUAGCAUUUUGGCUGAAACUGGAAAGAGAGCAGGUUUGUUGGUGCCAAGUUGAUAACAUUUAGACAUUUUUUCAGUAUUUCUCUCAUUUAUUGGGGAAAAUAAUCCAGUCUCUCAUUGAUCAGCCCACUUUUUGUUCUUUUUUUUUUCCCAUAAUAUACCAAGGAUCGUUAUCUGUUUGAACCAUAUAUAAUUCCCUAAGCUGUCACUGUCAUGCUCUGUCCUGUAUAUUCUUCUGUGUUCUGAUACAUUUUUGUACUUGUAUUAUUGAUAACAACAAAUUUUCCUUUAUCUUAUUUUAAAGAAAUAAAGAAGUUGUAAAUAUA